GCGUCUCAGGAGAGCCCAGAAGAACUCAAACAGUCCGACUCUGAGUGCAGUUUGGCUGAUCUGACGGGGAGUGUGUACACAGUAGCUUCUCCACUGCAGACCAUCUCCAAGAAGCAAGCACAGCAGCACCAAAGGGAGAGUUUCUGAUUCUCUGAAAUACUGAGACUAAAGCAAUGGCUGCGGUCAGUGCAGGUCCACUAACAGAGGAACAGCUUGCAGCCAUCCAGGAUGAGCAAGUGCUGAACGACAUGUUGGACAAGGCUACAGAUUUCGAGGAAAGAAGAAUGAUCCGUGCCGCCAUGAGAGAACUGCUGAAAAAAAAGCGGGAGCAGAGGGACCGAGAACGUGUGGUCCGGCAGGAGAACCUGCGCCAGCAGGGUGUGUGUGCGGGACCGAAACCAGCCAACGGCCCCAGCAAUGUGCAGCAACACACACACAAAACAGCUCAAGUGAAGUCUCCAAAUCCGGCUCCUUCAGGUUCACUCCCUAAAACAUCGGAAAGCGUGGCUCGUCCUCCAGCUGCUGGAGUCAGAGUAGCCAGGACCUCGGCGCUCGGUGGCCCAAACACCAAAGACGUCAAACAGAUGCUGCUGGACUGGUGCAGAGCCAAGACUGAGCCAUAUGAGGGUGUGAAUAUACAGAACUUCUCAUCCAGUUGGGCUGACGGUCUCGCGUUCUGCGCUCUGGUGCACCGAUUUUUCCCCGAAGGGUUCGAGUACUGCACCUUGGACCCGUACGAUCGCAAAGCCAACUUCGAGAAAGCCUUCAGGACCGCAGAGACGUUGGGCGGCUGUCCUCGUCUGCUAGACGUCGAUGACUUGCUGCGGAUGCGGGAGCCGGACUGGAAGUGUGUAUACACCUACGUCCAGGAGUUUUAUCGCUGUUUAGUGGAGAAAGGACUCGUCAAGACCAAAAAGAAGACCCCUUAACCGAACACACACACAUACACACACACACACACAGUGCCAAAGGUCAGAGUUUUUGUGGCUGAGAUCCAGACCCGAGGGAAAGACCAGCACACACACACACACACACACACACACGUGCUUACUCAGGAACAGAGACACGCCGUCUGCAACAAAUAAACCAGUCACCAUCCUGCAGAUGCUGUAAAAACUGCAAAACUGCUUAUGACCACUAGGUGGCAAACUUUAAUCUUUGACUUUUUAUACCACGUUGAAGUGAGAUGCAGUGUCACAGGCUCCCACUUCGGCUCAUGGAGAACCCACUUUUCAGUAUUUUUCCUGCUUUAACACACCUACAUCAACUUUGGCAGAGCUGCCAAUCAGCUGAUUAGUUGGAUUCAGAGGCAGGAAAACACUAAAAAGUCCUUCUUCAAGACUAGCGUUGAGAAACUGUGGACUAAGUUGUAGCUUUUCAAAUCCUUCACAUCCUUCUCCAAGGCUUGUGCAUGCAAGCUGGGAGGUCAUUAUCACAAUUUGGUGUGUGUUCAGACUUAUAAUAAUAAAGAGUUGGUGUUUGUCACAA